AUGGGGAACUUAUUUCUAUAUGUUUUGGCAGCCAUUGGCGCCGGAACAAUUGCAAUCGCCACCAACGCAGCCGUCAAAUUCAUUUCCCUUCAUUUUCUCCCACCAUCUCAGCCGUUGCAAAAGUACAAACGUACGGGCAAUCAACCUACCUACGCACUCAUCACGGGGGCCAGCGCCGGCAUCGGCUUCGGUAUUGCGAAGGAACUCGUGAAAAAUGGAUUCGGGGUUAUAUUACUAGGCCAUUUGCCAGACGAACUGAAUGCCGCGAAAGCAACCCUAGAGGCCGCUACGCCAGGUGCGCGUGUCCGUAUCAUCGUCAUGAAUGCCAUCACCGCCACACCGACCGAAAUAGAAAGCAUGGUGGAUUCACUCAAGGACAUCAACGUGUCGAUAUUGGUGAACAAUGUGGGAGGAAGUCCUGUUGCCCGGCCGCCAUUCAGACAAUUGGGUACUUAUUCUGCUGCUGAUGUUGAUGCUGUCAUCAACCAGAAUGCGCGAUUCAUGGCGCGUCUUACAGCGGCUAUGCUACCUCUUUUAUACAAGGCGUCUCACCGGUCGCUCAUACUCAACAUGUCGAGUCAGGGUAUGGCUGGCGUGCCCUACAUCGUCAUCCCGGAGCUUGAGGAUACCCCGGACACGAACCACGUGGACUGUUUGGCCAUCAUUCCCGGUGAUGUACUUUCUCAGGGAAACUCUAAAGGUGUGACGGAAGCGGCUCCAAAGGCGGAUCAUUUUGGGAAGCGGAUUGUCUACUGUGUUGAUGCGGCAUUAAAGCAGAAGUUGAGGGCGGUUUGCCCGUACUGGCGGCAUGAUUUAGAGUGGAGGUUAAUGAGCUGGGUUCCCGAAGAUGUGUUGAGAAGUGAGGUGGUCAAGGUUAUAGGCAUGAAGAGGGAUGCAUGGAAUGCAUAUUACGAGAAGACAGAGUGA